UCCCCCAUUUACUAGCCCUUGGCCUGGGGCCUUGAGAGUCCUGCUUGAUCGUUUUAUCGCAGCGUUCUCGACACCUAAUUCAAAGGAUCUUUUCAGAGCCGUUUACACUCUCAUCGACUUUUAGUGAUUUCUGUGCCUUCAAGCAUAGUUGACACCCGAGUUUGGUGAACCAUUGUGCAUUCAAGGAGGAAAUGUAUCAGCAGGCCCCUGGGCUCUGAAGCAGGCCGUGUCCCUGCUCCAAGUCCCUGCUCCUCGGCCUUUGGUGUUUUCUCUGGGAAUGCAGUCUCAGAAGGGGUCAUCACCCUCUAUUCCCACAGGUAGGUAAUACUUUUAUUCCAGGAAACAGAAGUGAGGGAAAUUCGUGGAGCUUGCACGCCUGUGGCCUAUGAGGCUUCAUGUCCUCGCCUGACCAAGUGGCCUUUUUUGGCUGAUUUGUGGACACAUGAAAGAUGAAAAGGAAUACACCGAGAAAAGACACGUAGCCUAGUGCUGGGCAGAGAAGAAAAUCUAUGUAAAAUAACUUCCUAAAGUGUUGAGAAAUCAAUACAUGUCUAUGGAAAUGUUUUGAAUUCUAUCUACACAUCUUUGAAAGAGCAUAGCAUCAGAAGACAUUGGCUGGAAUUUGACUUCUGCCAGGACUUUGGCGACCUUGAUAUCCAAGUGACCAUUAGCAGCUAGGAACUCCCCACCAUGGUCCCAAAGCUAAAUGCAAAUCUUGCUCAAACAAGACUGCAACUUUUAAGUGUUAAUACUCAGGAUGUCUGGACGAGGAAAACAAGGCGGUAAGGCGCGCGCCAAGGCCAAGACGCGCUCGUCGCGGGCCGGCCUGCAGUUCCCCGUGGGCCGCGUGCACCGGCUGCUCCGCAAGGGCAACUACGCCGAGCGGGUCGGGGCCGGCGCGCCCGUGUACCUGGCGGCCGUGCUGGAGUACCUGACGGCCGAGAUCCUGGAGCUGGCGGGCAACGCGGCGCGCGACAACAAGAAGACGCGCAUCAUCCCGCGCCACCUGCAGCUGGCCAUCCGCAACGACGAGGAGCUCAACAAGCUGCUGGGCAAGGUCACCAUCGCGCAGGGCGGCGUCCUGCCCAACAUCCAGGCCGUGCUGCUGCCCAAGAAAACCGAGAGCCACCACAAGGCCAAGGGCAAGUAGAAGAGACCUUACUCUAGCGGCAGCUCCACAGUAGGUCCAGUCCAAACCAAAGGCUCUUUUCAGAGCCACCCACUUUUUCACUAAAAGGGCUCGCGUGUUGCUUAACUUAGGUUGAUAACUGAAAAUGACCUUUCCCGCUGUUGGUCGGUAGAUGUCAGUGGUUUAACACCGGGAAACGCAAAACUUUAAAGUUACAACUAACAACAAAAGUUAACACAAACCCAUUGAAAACAGAUACAGAGAUACAUUGUCACAGAUCAUGGAGAUUA